UCCACGCAGUGACAGUAAGUUGACUAACUGUACAAGACCUCUCCCCUUCACUUCACUCUACUACAGGGUGGGAGAUGCAACGAUGUCCUUGAGAACAGCUGGAAGUGUGUUGGUGGUCUUUUUCUGGUCUGUGACAGUGGUACUGGGUCAGGAUGGCUGGAGAGUGACUUACACCACUCAGAGUAUCUGUACCUUGAAGGGGUCAACAGUGGAUCUGUUCUGCUCUUACACACAUCCCAGUGAUUAUACAGUCACAACAACCUUCUGGUUCACUAAAAAUUAUGCUGUUGGGCCUGUUAAUCUGAAGGAUGACCCAGACUACAAAGGACGUGUGACGUACCGUGAGGAUGAAGAGAAUGGUCACACCCUGACAAUCACAGACCUGAGAGAGAGUGACUCAGCUACGUACAUGUUCAGAUUUACAGAUCAGACAGGGAAAUGGAGGUAUACUGGCAAACCUGGAGCCGCUCUGUCUGUCACAGGUUUUCAGGUGAAGGUGACUGGUAAGACACUGACCUGUAUCACCACCUGUACUCUGACUGACAACCCCACCUACAUCUGGUACAAGAACGGACACAAAGUAAAGGAGGACACUUCCAGCCUGGACUCAGACUCCUUUAGUGAUGCAGACAGUUACUCCUGUGCUGUAAAAGGCCAUGAGGAUCUCCUCUCUCCUGCAGUGUUUGUUGUUGCUAGUCGACUUUCAAUGGACACCCCCAUGAGUGUCUUUCACAACCUUUCCUAG